AUGGAUGAAACCGGGCUUCUCACGGUUCCGAAUAAAAUGCCCAAAGUACUAACUAGCAAAGGGAAGAAAUCUGUUGGAAAAAUUGUUUCCGCGGAAAGAGGUACUUUAGUUACAGCUGUGUGCUGUGUCAGUGCAGCAGGUCAUUAUAUACCUCCCGCAUUAAUCUUUCCAAGAAAAAGAGAGAAACAAGAACUGCUUGAUGGCGCUCCUGCAGGAUCGAUAUUGAUGGUAUCAGAUUCCGGCUUUAUUAAUACCGAUUUAUUCCUAAAGUGGCUUAAGCACUUCAAAUCAUCUGCCAAAGCUUCACUAGAAUCAAAUCAUGUUUUGCUAACUCUCGAUAAUCAUAGUUCACAUAUAAGCUUGGAAGCAAUUUUGUUCUGCAGAGAAAACGGGAUACAUCUACUGAGCCUUCCGCCGCAUAGCAGCCAUAAGCUGCAGCCUUUGGAUGUUUGCUUUUUUCAGCCACUGAAAACUAGCUACAGUGUUGAAGUUGACAAAUGGCAUGUCAAUCAUCCAGGAAGACCCAUUACGAUUUACCAGGUGUCGUCAUUAUUUGGCGCUGCAUAUAAUCGAAUUGCCAACUUAGAAAAAGCACAUAAAGCAUUUUCAUGUACUGGCAUUUACCCCUUCAACCCUGAGGUAUUUUCUGAAGAGGACUUCAUGGGAGCAACAGUAACCGAACGUCCAAUCAAUGAGACCUUGAAUGAAGUAGUGGAUCCUAAUGAUGCAGUGUCACCUGCAGUUUCAUCAGCAAUAUCACCAGAUAAACAGAUAAAUAUUAUUGAAAAUGUUUCCAUAUCAUUUGAAGAUUCAGAAAUAAGAAAUAUGUUGCUUAGUGCAAAACCAAAUUAUCCUGUUGUUUUAGCAUCUGCUAACAAUCCGGAUAUUGCUAUUUCCUGUCAAGAAAAUACUGAACUUAAUACAAAUGGUGAAAUAUAA